AUUUUGAAAGGAUGGACCGGAUGCUGCUCCUCUGACCGCGUCCGGCUUGACAGCGGUACCUCGCGCCCCGCUCAGCCCGGUUUCUAACGGAGAGUCGCCCCGGUUUGCGUUCCUCUGGAUUCACGAUCAGCUCCGGGAUGCCGUCCGACGUCCAAGGAGGGAAAGCCUUCGGCCUGCUGAAGGAGCAGCAGCGGUCCAGACUGGAAGAGAUAAACCAGGAAUACAUGGAAGACCAGAAAUACAGGGAUGAAGAGGACCUGCCCGAAAAAUUGGAAGGCCUCAAAAACAAAUAUUCUGAGUUUGACCUGAACGACCAAGGAGAGAUUGACAUGAUGGGUCUGAAGCGCAUGAUGGAGAAGCUCGGCGUGCCCAAGACGCACCUGGAGCUCAAGAAGAUGAUUGUGGAGGUGACGGGCGGCGGCAGCAGCAACACCAUCGACUACCGGGACUUUGUGAAGAUGAUGCUGGGCAAGCGCUCAGCCGUGCUCAAACUAGUCCUGGUCUUUGAGGACAAAGCCAACGGCGCCUCCUGUAAACCAGGCGGACCCCCUCCCAAGAGGGACAUUUCCAGCCUGCCCUGAAUGGUUCUCUAACAUGUGGGGUGUUGUCUUUGUGUGGGACCAGUGAGGAUGAAUGGUUCUCUAACAUGUGGGGUGUUGUCUUGGUGUGGGACCAGUGAGGAUGAAUGGUUCUCUAACAUGUGGGGUGUUGUCUUGGUGUGGGACCAGUGAGGAUGAAUGGUUCUCUAACAUGUGGGGUGUUGUCUUGGUGUGGGACCAGUGAGGAUGAAUGGUUCUCUAACAUGUGGGGUGUUGUCUUGGUGUGGGACCAGUGAGGAUGUUAUUGUGUGAUAUCUGGUGUGUGCAACUCACUAAAUGAUGUUUGACUGGGAAUAUUCCAUUCCUCUUUUCAUCCCCCUUUAAUUGAAACGUAGCGUUCGUAGUUGUCCUUGUGAUCUGGUUGAUGAAUUAUCUUUCUGUUGUUGAGUGUUUCAUGGAUGUAUUUUAAGGGAAGAGGUUUUUUUUUUUCCUUUCCUUGCUUCUCCUUUUUGGGAAGCCUUUAUUGUACCGACAUUUUGAUGCUUUCGGAGGAGAAGAAGAAGAAGACGUUUUCAGAUUAAUUCCUAAUAAUCCUGGUCAGCGUCUCGCUUUCCAUCAGGUGCCAGAGAUUACUGGGUCAGAGUCGUCAGCCCCCGGAGCUGAUCUGGAAUCAGUAACUGGGUAAUCAUGAGCUAAUAAUAUUUUUGUAGAUGACUGCAGUGCGAAGCGUUUUUACUGUUGUAGUGUGAGUGAAUGGUAGUAACAUGUGAUCCGUGAGGUCAGAGCACAUGGUAGUAACAUGUGAUCCGUGAGGUCAGAGCACAUGGUAGUAACAUGUGAUCCGUGAGGUCAGAGCACAUGUUAGUAACAUGGUAGUAACAUGCGAUCUGUGAGGCCAUGGUAGUAACAUGUGAUCUGUGAGGUCAGAGCACAUGUUAGUAACAUGGUAGUAACAUGUGAUCUGUGAGGCCAUGUGAUCUGUGAGGCCAUGGUAGUAACAUGUGAUCUGAGAGGUCAGAGAACAUGUUAGUAACAUGGUAGUAACAUGUGAUCUGUGAGGCCAUGGUAGUAACAUGUGAUCUGUGAGGCCAUGGUAGUAACAUGUGAUCUGUGCGGUCAGAGAACAUGGUAGUAACAUGUGAUCUGUGAGGCCAUGGUAGUAACAUGUGAUCUGUGAGAUCAGAGCACAUGUUAGUAACAUGGUUAGUAACAUGUGAUCUGUGAGGUCAUGGUAGUAACAUGUGAUCUGUGAGGCCAUGUUAGUAACAUGUGAUCUGUGAGGUCAUGGUAGUAACAUGUGAGAUCAGAGCACAUGGUAGUAACAAGUGAUCUGUGAGGCCAUGGUAGUAACAUGUGAUCUGUGAGGCCAUGGUAGUAACAUGUGAUCUGUGAGGUCAUGGUAGUAACAUGUGAUCUGUGAGGUCAGAGCACAUGUUAGUAACAUGGUAGUAACAUGUGAUCUGUGAGGUCAUGGUAGUAACAUGUGAUCUGUGAGGUCAUGGUAGUAACAUGUGAUCUGUGAGGUCAGAGCACAUGUUAGUAACAUGGUAGUAACAUGUGAUCUGUGAGGUCAUGGUAGUAACAUGUGAUCUGUGAGGUCAUGGUAGUAACAUGUGAUCUGUGAGGUCAGAGCACAUGUUAGUAACAUGGUAGUAACAUGUGAUCUGUGAGGUCAUGGUAGUAACAUGUGAUAUGUGAGGUCAUGGUAGUAACAUGUGAUCUGUGAGAUCAGAGCACAUGUUAGUAACAUGUGAUCUGUGAGGUCAGAGCACAUGUUAGUAACAUGGUAGUGACAUGUGAUCUGUGAGGGAGUGUGAUUGACACAUGUACAUAACAUACUCCACACUGUACAAUCAUAUUCUUUCCAAGUGCCUCGACAUGCAGACGCUGUAGAGCUCAAACACACGAGUCCUCUUAGUUCACAUGAAAUCUUUGUUAUUUGGUGAGAGAGUUUUGAUGACAUUUGUUGAAUUAUAUUGAUUUGGUGAUUACGCAUUAUUCUCGAGUGAUGAAUCUUUUUUUAAUGUACAUUUUGUUCCCUUUUCUUUACGUAAUUAUUGUAUUGUUAAUGUCACAGCGUUGGACAGUUUGUUAGGUGAUUUGACUGCUUGUGUGAUCUCAUACUUCAUGUGUUCACCCCCCCCCCCCCCCUCCCCCCCCUUGUGGAUUCUGUUAUUUGUGCCUCAGUGUUGCUGUGACUCCACUACUUACUGUGAAGUUGGUACUUGUAGUAUUUUUAAUCCACCUAAAGUCUUUUAAACUAUUAUUUGUGUUUGUCUGAUGGUGCAUUGCAUCGUUUAAUGUUGUGAAGAUGCACAUUGUUUGCAGACACCAAAGGAAUUAAAAUUAUUCUUACACUGGCCUGU